AUGAAACGAACAAAGGAAACAAUUUUUAGAGAGCAUCCUGAUUGGCAAUAAAGAUAAGGUAUUAGUGGUCUAAAAGAAUUUGAUGGAGAAGAUUUACGUAAUUAAUAAUAGUUAUCGUAAAGAAUUUGAUUCACGUAAUAAAUUUAAUAAGGAUCAAUAAAAAUAAUGGAUAUUUGAAUAAAUUGAUGAAAAAAAAAGAAGAUAAGAAUAAGAAAAAGCGGAAGAAAUGGCAUAUGCUUAAUAAACAUUAGAAAUUAAUAGAUUCAGAGGAAUGUUAUAAGAUAACUUUGCAUCUAGAAAGACUGAUAUGGGUGUUGCAACAAAACAAACAAAUCUCUAAUUAGUAAUUAUUUCAUUUAAUAUUAGGCUAAAGAGAAAAAAGAUAAAGAAGAAAGAGAAAAAUAAGAAAAAUUGGCUGCUGAACGUGCUGAAAGAGAUUUAUUACUUGAACGUGGUCGUAAAUAGCCAUAUAAAGGAUGA